CUAAAAUCAAAGCUAAGCCAAACUCAGUGGCUCUCCGGUGAAGCUUUGAGAUGGCGAUCCUUAUUCCGGCGAGUUUCGGGCGAUUAACAAUUACGUCGCGUGCACAAGUUAGAGUGAGAGUUUCUGCUUCUGCUAACCAACGCACUAUUCGUCGCGAUUCAGUGGAUUGGGUUAAGGAAACUUCAAGCUUUUUCGAAGAAGAUAAAAGGCCGAUCAUGUUGUUCGACGGUGUUUGUAAUCUCUGUAAUGGAGGUGUGAAAUUUGUUAGAGACCAUGAUCGAAACAGGAGCAUAAGGUUUGAAGCAUUACAGAGUGAAGCGGGCAAGAAACUGUUAUUGCGGUCAGGAAGAGCUCCUGACGAUAUAUCGAGUGUCGUACUAGUCGAAAACGAUAGGUCUUACAUAAAGUCAGAAGCAGUUUUGAAGAUCAUGAAAUACAUUGACUUACCAUUUCCACAGCUUGCGUUCUUCUUGCAGUUUGCUCCUCUGUUUGUGAGAGACUUUUUGUAUGAAAAUGUUGCAAACAAUCGAUAUGCAAUGUUUGGUCGAUCUGAUUCAUGUGAGCUCUAAGAAUACAUAUGUGAUCCUACUUUGCCACAAAAAAAAAAACUAGAUAUGUAAUCCUACAGAUUAAUAUAAGCUUUUAUACAGAUGUAUAGUUUACAACAGCCAUUAAACAAUAGAUACAUAUGUACUACUUUUCGAAUCAUGUACUCGUCAAAUGUAUAACCUUUCCGACGUUGAUAUUUGUGUUAUAUAUAUGGAAAAAAACUUGGGAUUGUGUG